GUAUAAAAGGGAUAUCCUACUCCCCAUACACACGUCUGAGAGCUUCUGUCAUAUCGAGUUUUCACAGAAGAUGGAGUUGCCAAAGUGUGCCUUGAUUCUAGCAACAAUAGUAGUUGCUUUUUCUAUUUCCUUUGCCCAAAAUGAAGGAGGUAGUCAAGUAAGUGUCCACCAAGUGGAGGUACUGAGAGGUAGGGAUGGGAGAGAUGGAGUGAGAGGUCCAGCUGGACCACCUGGUCUACCUGGACCAACAGGAGUGGGCGGAGAUAAGGGAGAGAAGGGAAGCGAGGGACCGCAGGGAGAGAGAGGGAUAACGGGGCCUCGGGGAAUUUUGGGUCUCAAGGGGAUGACUGGAAGCAAUGGAGACAGUGGAGACCCUGGUCAGCCUGGACCUCAGUGACCACAAGGAGGAACUGGUAACAAAGGAGAUCGUGGGGACACUGGACUAACUGGACCUCAAGGACCACUAGGAGCCCCAGGUCCUCUUGCCAUGGGAGGAGCUGUCUAUGUUCGCUGGGGGAGGACUGUUUGUCCCAGUGGCCAGGGAACUGAGCUGGUGUACUCUGGGAGAGCUGGAGGGAGUCACCAUAAUAACCGUGGAGGGGGCGCCAACCAUCUCUGUAUGCCAGA